CGACACACAGGAGAACGUCCCCGACGAGGGGCUGCAGGAACGAGGAGGCGCUGGGAAAGGAGGCGAGUCACAGGGGAGGUGUGUUUGCUAAUGAGAUGGAUCAGGCUUGGCAGGCGGCAGAGGCUGGCAGCAAACAGUGGACAGAGAGAGAGAAAGAGAGAGAGAGAGAGAGAUGGACGUCCAAAUCUGUGA